AUGAGUACUGUUGCGAUUCAGUUCGACCCUGCUUUCACCAUGGGACCAAGAUCAGCUUUCACAUGGCCAGGUCCUCUUGAAUCAAGUGCUUCUGGAAGUAGCUUGUUGAGCCCUGGGCUGUCUUCGAUGGGACAUGUUUCCCCACAGUCAAGAUCAGUUACAUCGAGCCCCCCUCGAUUCUCUCUUUCGACGGACCAGCGAGAAGUAAAACGACAAUCAGACAGGGCACGUCGGGACUCGAGGCUUGUGAACAGAAUGCGCCGUGCCAACAGCAACUCCUAUGCCGACUCUUCCUCUUCAGCAAUGGGACUACCCAGUACGACGGCCACCAUGAGCAUCCCAGCUUAUACCACCGCCCCUGCACCCGUAACCCUCAUGAGCGACACCCCAACUUCAAUGAGCAGUUCGACAUACCUGCAGUCUUACAGCCCGACCCUCGAAGACCAGCAACCUCCUUCAGCGCCGGUAUACCCUACCACUUACCCACAAAGCUUACAACCCAACUAUAAUAUGCCUGUGGAUUAUGCAUCUGUUUAUGCCGGAGCAAAUCAAUAUAGUGCUCGAUCACCGCCAGCACCUGUUGGCCAGGACGUCGGUUUCAUGUAUCAGCUGCCAGCCGUUAUGGGUCCCGGAAGCGCAAACUCGCAAGACGCGGGACAUGUGAGAGUGGUGCAAAGCCGACCGAAGCCACGAUGCUGGGAACAUGGGUGCAAUGGGCGACAAUUUUCAACCUUUAGCAACUUAUUACGCCACCAGCGAGAGAAAUCCGGACAGGCCGCCAAAGCAUCAUGCCCCAACUGCGGAGCCGAGUUUACAAGAACUACUGCACGAAACGGACAUCUCCUCCAUGACAAGUGUAAAGGCCGACGAAACUCGUAA